AUGGAUACAAUUUCACAACCUGAUCUUAGGCAUCGCCAAGUUCAUCUCGUCGGCGCUGAUGGCCAACCUACUAAAGUUGCCAUUGAGGGUAUGAAUCAUGCUGAUGCUGAAUUGGCCGCCGAGUUCGGUUACAAUCCAGUGUUCAAGCGAGAGUUUGGAUAUUUGGCUACUUUUUCCUUUGCUGUCAGUAUCAGUGGUGUUUUCGCCACGAUUAUGACCACCAUGUCAUAUCCUCUGAACGCUGGUGGUAGUAGUGCCGUUGUCUGGUGUUGGCUCGUCUCUGGUUUGGGUUGUAUGUGUAUUGCUUGCUCCGUAGCAGAGCUGGUCUCUGCUUACCCAACCGCUGGUGGACUAUACUUCACUGUUUCUCGUCUAGCACCUCCACGAUGGGUUCCUUCCAUUAGUUGGUUAACUGGCUGGCUCAAUCUACUAGGCCAGGUCGCCGGUGUCGCUUCCUCCGAGUACGGUGCAGCGCAAAUGCUUUUGGCCGCUGUGUCCAUGAGCCGUGACUUUGAAUAUGAAAUCACUACAAACACAACUGUGGGAGUCAUGGCGGCCUUGACAGUCUCCACUGGUGUGGUCAACUCGCUCUCAACAUAUUGGAUGGAGAAGAUGACCAAGAUUUACGUGCUCUUCCACAUCGCCGUUCUCGUGGCAUGCGCCAUUGCACUGCUUGUGAUGACAAAGGACAAGCACACGGCAGAGUAUGUCUUCACUCAUACCGAGGCCUCGAGUGGUUGGACCCCAAUCGGUUUCAGCUGGUUGUUCGGUUUCCUGUCUGUCAGUUGGACCAUGACCGACUACGAUGCAACUGCCCACAUUACUGAGGAAAUGAGCGAGCCGGAAAAGAAGGCUCCCUGGGCCAUCUCCAUGGCUAUGCUCUUCACCUAUCUUGCUGGCUUUCUGUUCAACAUCGUCCUUUGUUACUGCAUGGGCGACCCGACUGAUAUCCUUAGUUCGGCGAUGGGUCAACCUGUUGCUCAGAUCUUCUACAAUAGCCUUGGCAAGGGCGGCGGUAUGUUCUUCACUAUUGCCGCACUUAUAAUCCUCAAGUUUGUCACCUUCACUGCCAUGCAGUCUCUCGGCCGUACGAUCUUCGCCUUCUCCCGUGAUCGUAUGUUGCCUUUCUCCAACGUUUGGACCAAGAUUAAUCCCUGGACUGGCACUCCUAUCUAUGCCGUUUGGAUCUCUGUAUUCUUCUGCAUUGCCAUCAACUUGAUCGGUCUCGGAUCCUACACUGCCAUCAACGGCAUCUUCACCCUAUGCGCCAUCGCUUUGGACUGGAGCUACUGUAUUCCUAUCUUAGCAAAGCUUAUGUUCGGCAAAUUCGAGCGUGGUCCAUGGCACAUGGGUCCAUUGAGUCCCUACGUGAACGCCUGGGCCUGUCUUUGGACCUUGUUCGCCAGUAUAAUCUUCAUCCUCCCUACUGACAUGCCAGUCACUGCGGAUACUAUGAACUACUCCGUUGUAUACCUCGCCGGAGUUAUCCUGUUCUCCACAAGCUAUUGGUACAUGUACGGCAAAGCCGUAUACAAAGGUCCCGUCAUCGAAGCCUUUGCCGAUGAUCUUGCCGAAAGCGAAAUCGUUAACUCCAUCCCCGAGAAGAAGAAGGAUGGUUCCUCCGUGUAG